AUGGAGAAGAAGAUCACAGAGAAGAUCGCGGCAUUGCCGCCCGAUGCCAACUACUUCUCGCUGGAGUUCUUCCCUCCAAAGACCCGGAUGGGUUUUGCGAACCUGUCCGCGCGUCUGGAGCGGAUGGCUCAGGCGCUUCGUCCGCUGUUCGUAACAGUCACUUGGGGUGCAGGCGGAAGCACGGCGGCUCGCUCGCUGGAGCUGGCGGAGGUCUGUCAGCGCCAGCUGCAGUUGACAACGGUCCUGCAUCUGACAUGUACGAAUAUGAGCCGCGCUCUGGUGGAUAUGGCGCUCGAGGAGGCUAAGGUACUUGGAAUCCGCAACAUUCUAGCACUGCGAGGUGACCCGCCCCGCAGCGAGGAAUACAACAUGGAAGGAGAAGACGACAGCAACAAAGACUUUACCUUUGCCGUGGACUUGGUGCGGUAUAUCCGCAAGCAACAUGGGGACUACUUCUGUGUCGGCGUGGCAGCAUACCCAGAGGGCCAUCCUGCCGACUCGUUCCAGGACGUCCAGGACCCUGCCCGGGACCUCCCCUACUUGAUUGAGAAGACGGUUGCCGGAGCGGAUUUUAUUAUGACCCAGCUUACCUACGACCUCGAUGCCUACCGGAAGUUUGAAGACAUGCUUCGCAACCAUGAUUCGGGCGUGUUCAAGACAAUCCCCAUCAUUCCAGGCUUGAUGCCCAUUCACAGCUACAAGAUCCUGACCCGUGUGACGAAGCUCAGCCAUGUCAAUAUCCCGGACCCGGUUGCCAAGCGCAUGGAGGAAUUGAAACAUGACGAUGAUGCUGUCAAGCGUGCGGGCGUGGAAAUUAUUAGUGAUAUUGUGGGCGGUAUUAAAGAGCUUCGUUGCCCGGGCCCGCGAGGAUUCCACUUUUACACGUUGAACUUGGAAAAGACGGUAUCGUUCAUCCUUGAACGCUGUGGUUUGAUUCCACCGUAUUCCGAUAAGCAGGAUUUCUCUGCCAUUGAAGAUGGCGACGCUGCAAUUACGCCGAACGACGUGCCGGCGCGUUCGGUGACGAGACGUCGAGGUUCGUCCAUCAACUCUCAGCCACACAACCGUGUGAUUGUGGACAAGCUCUCAGCACAGGAGUCAUCACAAGACUCUGUGCACGAGGCGCGCGCAGAUAGUGCAGGCCUGCCGGCGCUGCCUCCCAAUCGCAGCACCACCCUUCAAAUCUCCGAGGGUCUUGGCUCCCUCGGCAGAGAGGCGACAUGGGAUGACUUCCCUAACGGACGAUGGGGUGACGCACGCUCGCCUGCAUUUGGUGAAAUCGACGGUUAUGGUCCUUCGCUCCACGUCACUUCAGCCGUCGCUCGUCGUCUGUGGGGUCACCCCGUUGAGCCCUCUGACAUCAACACCUUGUUCCGGCGCCACGUUUCGGGGGAGUUGCACAUGGUGCCAUGGUCAGAAGGCGGCGCCGAAGAGGAUACGGGGGGCUUGAAUCCAGAGACCGAGUUGAUCCGCCCAGAAUUGCUCAAGCUGAUCGAUGGCCGCGGCUGGUGGACGCUGGCCUCGCAGCCGGGAGUGAACGGCGUGCGCAGUGACCAUUCCAUCUUUGGCUGGGGUCCGCAGCGCGAAGGCUUCGUCUUCCAGAAGCCAUUUGUGGAGUUCUUCUGUCCUGGCAAGGACUACAACACGAUUCUGAAGCCGCUGCUUGAGAAACACGGCCACGACCAGCUGACCUGGUUCGCCACCAACGCGACAGGUGCCUUUGAAUCAUCGCUCCCCGCUCAACCCGCCGAUUUCGAGCUCGACGAGCUCGGCUCUAACCCCGAGAGUGUCAACGCCGUGACCUGGGGUGUCUUCCGCGGCAAGGAAAUCGUCACCCCAACCAUCAUUGAAGAAGUGAGCUUCCGCGCCUGGGGCGAGGAGGCCUUCCGGAUCUGGGACGAGUGGCGCCGCAUCUACCCGCGCGGCUCGCCGACUGAGCGGUUCCUGGAUGACACCAAGAACGAUGCCUGGCUGGUUUGCGUUGUUGGGCAACAAUUCGGCGCCGGUACCCAGCCCGGCUCCAGGGAGGAGGACGAUGAAGUCAAGUGGAUGUGGCGGGUGCUUGCAGGUGACGCGGGUCAGAAUUAA